AUGAACUUCUUGAAACCAUCAUCACAGCAGAUAUUCAGCAGCGCCAAUUUGGGGGUGCGCUUUUUGCAUAGCUCCAGAAUUCUUCGAAACUCAAAUAUCACCAUCAAUAACAAGUCUUAUGAUCUCAGUGCUUUCAAAUCAGUUCCUCAAUCAAACUUGUACGCCACUAUUAAAAUAUUCAACAAGCCAUACUUGGUAACCGCUGGUGAUAAGGUUAUCUUACCACACAACUUGAAAAACGUGGACAUUGGCUCGGUGAUAAAGUUCAACGAUAUUGUCAACAUUGGUAGCCGUGAUGUGGUUUUCUACCCACCAACUGAUGACGCCGAAGGUGUCUUGGAAAAAGUGGUCAAAAUCGAAGGGACUGUCAUUGAAAAGACCAAGAACAAGGCUGCUGAAAAGUUGACAACAUGGCAAAGAAAUAGAAAGAAUAAGAGAGCGUUGGUGAAGCAUAAGAAGACUGUGAUUAGAAUAUCUGAAGUGAGUGUGCAACUAUAG